GGGUAUUAAAAAAUCUCAAAAAACCUAAAUUACAAAUUUGAAUCAAACAACCGGAGGAAAGAUAAUAGAGCUAAUAUGAGAAAAAAGAUGGACGUGCACGUUGAGCAAUUGUUUAAGGAGGUAUCUCAUGGGUGUGAUAAUAUUUGGUGCAAAAGGCGUUUUUUAGAAUCUGGUAUGAUAGAGAUAAGCGCUGAAUUGCAUUUGCGUUGUGAGGAACCUGUAUUAAAAAUUAAGAAUCUUUUGGAAAUCGAGGUAGACUUUUAUUAUAAGAUUCUUAAUAAAUUCGGAGCGGAUAUUCAUCAGUCAGAGUUAUUUGCGAGUGGUUAUGAAUAUCAAGCAGGAAUUACAGCAGAAACGAAAUUUGCAAACAUUUAUUAUAAAAGAUUCUUAAUGAAGCCAACAGUUAGUGAUAAAUCGAAAUUUAAUUUGACUUACUAUUUCCUGUUGGGGCACGUUACUGUUAGCAUUACAUUUUAUGAUAAGCUAAAUAAUGAAUACCCAAUAGUUGAAUAUAAUAUAAUACAUUGUGUACCAAUUGAUUAUUCCGAAGCUCAGCCAUCAAAUGAAAUAAAUGAAAGUCCACCAUUACCUAAAUAUGAAUUGGAUUAUGACUCAAGUACUGAACGUUUCGUUCUAUAUAAACCUUCAACUAAUCAAGUUUUGAGACAUAGUCUGCACAAUAUGUUGACUGGAGAGGAUUUUUUGGCUCCAGGAGAUUAUGUUGUUCCCACUGAUGAUGAAGCUUUGUAUGAUGAAGAUAUGGAGAAUCCUUCAGUAAUUAAUUCGUCAGAUAGUGUACGCCAAGCUGGAGGUGGCCAUGAUGAAGAUAAUGGGCACGGCAAAGAUGUAAUCAAUUUCUCAAAUCCUGAGCCUGCUCCAGGAGAUUAUGUUGUUCCCACUGAUGAUGAAGCUUUGUAUGAUGAAGAUAUGGAGAAUCCUUCAGUAAUUAAUUCGUCAGAUAGUGUACGCCAAGCUGGAGGUGGCCAUGAAGAAGAUAAUGGGCACGGCAAAGAUGUAAUCAAUUUCUCAAAUCCUGAGCCUGCUCCAGGAGAUUAUGUUGUUCCCACUGAUGAUGAAGCUUUGUAUGAUGAAGAUAUGGAGAAUCCUUCAGUAAUUAAUUCGUCAGAUAGUGUACGCCAAGCUGGAGGUGGCCAUGAUGAAGAUAAUGGGCACGGCAAAGAUGUAAUCAAUUUCUCAAAUCCUGAGCCUGCUCCAGGAGAUUAUGUUGUUCCCACUGAUGAUGAAGCUUUGUAUGAUGAAGAUUUGGAGAAUCCUACAGUAUUUGAUUCGUCAGAUAGUGUACGCCAAGAUGGAGGUGACCAUGAAGAAGAUAAUGGGCACGGCAAAGAUGUAAUCAAUUUCCCAAAUCCUGAGCCUGCUCCAGGAGAUUAUGUUGUUCCCACUGAUGAUGAAGCUUUGUAUGAUGAAGAUAUGGAGAAUCCUUCAGUAAUUAAUUCGUCAGAUAGUGUACGCCAAGCUGGAGGUGGCCAUGAAGAAGAUAAUGGGCACGGCAAAGAUGUAAUCAAUUUCCCAAAUCCUGAGCCUGCUCCAGGAGAUUAUGUUGUUCCCACUGAUGAUGAAGCUUUGUAUGAUGAAGAUUUGGAGAAUCCUACAGUAUUUGAUUCGUCAGAUAGUGUACGCCAAGAUGGAGGUGACCAUGAAGAAGAUAAUGGGCACGGCAAAGAUGUAAUCAAUUUCCCAAAUCCUGAGCCUGCUCCAGGAGAUUAUGUUGUUCCCACUGAUGAUGAAGCUUUGUAUGAUGAAGAUAUGGAGAAUCCUUCAGUAAUUAAUUCGUCAGAUAGUGUACGCCAAGCUGGAGGUGGCCAUGAAGAAGAUAAUGGGCACGGCAAAGAUGUAAUCAAUUUCUCAAAUCCUGAGCCUGCUCCAGGAGAUUAUGUUGUUCCCACUGAUGAUGAAGCUUUGUAUGAUGAAGAUUUGGAGAAUCCUACAGUAUUUGAUUCGUCAGAUAGUGUACGCCAAGAUGGAGGUGACCAUGAAGAAGAUAAUGGGCACGGCAAAGAUGUAAUCAAUUUCCCAAAUCCUGAGCCUGCUCCAGGAGAUUAUGUUGUUCCCACUGAUGAUGAAGCUUUGUAUGAUGAAGAUAUGGAGAAUCCUUCAGUAAUUAAUUCGUCAGAUAGUGUACGCCAAGCUGGAGGUGGCCAUGAAGAAGAUAAUGGGCACGGCAAAGAUGUAAUCAAUUUCUCAAAUCCUGAGCCUGCUCCAGGAGAUUAUGUUGUUCCCACUGAUGAUGAAGCUUUGUAUGAUGAAGAUAUGGAGAAUCCUUCAGUAAUUAAUUCGUCAGAUAGUGUACGCCAAGCUGGAGGUGGCCAUGAUGAAGAUAAUGGGCACGGCAAAGAUGUAAUCAAUUUCUCAAAUCCUGAGCCUGCUCCAGGAGAUUAUGUUGUUCCCACUGAUGAUGAAGCUUUGUAUGAUGAAGAUUUGGAGAAUCCUACAGUAUUUGAUUCGUCAGAUAGUGUACGCCAAGAUGGAGGUGACCAUGAAGAAGAUAAUGGGCACGGCAAAGAUGUAAUCAAUUUCCCAAAUCCUGAGCCUGCUCCAGGAGAUUAUGUUGUUCCCACUGAUGAUGAAGCUUUGUAUGAUGAAGAUAUGGAGAAUCCUUCAGUAAUUAAUUCGUCAGAUAGUGUACGCCAAGCUGGAGGUGGCCAUGAAGAAGAUAAUGGGCACGGCAAAGAUGUAAUCAAUUUCCCAAAUCCUGAGCCUGCUCCAGGAGAUUAUGUUGUUCCCACUGAUGAUGAAGCUUUGUAUGAUGAAGAUAUGGAGAAUCCUUCAGUAAUUAAUUCGUCAGAUAGUGUACGCCAAGCUGGAGGUGGCCAUGAAGAAGAUAAUGGGCACGGCAAAGAUGUAAUCAAUUUCUCAAAUCCUGAGCCUGAUCCACCUCUACCUGUGAUGAAUGAUACCUCUAAAUGUGAAAUAGAGAGCGUUUUUUAUAAUGAAAUGAAGACUAAAGAUACACCUUUGGAAGAAAAUCGUGGCAACAACUAUGAUGCUUGCAUGUCUGAUGUAUUAUUAAGCGAUGAAGUUGAGGAUGAUGUUAAAAGUGUGAACAACAAUGCACAAAAACUACAGGAUCAACAAAUGCCAUGUAAUAUUAAUAUCGAGGAAGACUGUGAUUCUGUCUAAAUUUUAUUUACAACUAUU